AUGCGGCAGCUGCAGCAACUGCUGCUCCUUCUCGGCUCCCUCCAGCCGAUCGCGUGGACCUACCCGAUGGCCAGGAGCGUGGAUCGAUCGGCUGAUUGGCCGGGAGAAAUGACCGACCACGAGAUGUUGGCCAUGCAGUUUUGGAUGGCCGUUGGCUUGGCCAUUUGGGUGUGCCUUUGCGGGUUCGUGUCGCUGUGCCUUGGCUUGUACUUCUUUCGAAAGUGGGGCCGCGAGACUGCUCUCGGUCUACCGGCCGCCACCGCCCCCAUCCCGAACAUCUUCCUCAAUUACAACACCGCCAACGAAAAACUGUCCGGCCGUAGCCAAGCGGAAUCCGGGGCCUCAACCCGCCCUCUACAAAAGCAAGAUGCCGCCGAGAAAAGCGCCGAGCCGCCCAGCGAGAAGGAGCACCACGAGCCGGACAAGCCGAGGAAGUCGGGCAGCAAGGAGAGCAAGCCAACAUCACCGAUAACCCCCGCGGCUGCCGCGAAGAAGACCGCCCCGCUGCCGCGCGUCGCCAAGACCGCGCCGCACAAGACCAUUUUCCGCGCCGCGGAGCUGCCGCCGCCCACGUGGGAAGGGUCCCAGGAUGUGCCAUGCUUUCCCAAGACCGCUGCUCCUCUUCCGGCCACUGGCUACGGUAGCCCGCAAGACAAGGAGGAGCCUCAUGUGCCAAACGCCAGCAAGGAGCUACCGAAAGAAAAUCGCGACCCAACCCUCGAUCAAGCCGAAACUAAAGCCAACCGCACGCAGUCGUCGAAGGGGUCACGCAAGCGCGGUACGAGCAGCUACAAGCCGCCCGUCAGCAAGAUACGCAACGUGCCAAAUGAUGGUGAACUUGUUGAGGCUGUGUCUGAGAUUGAUUUUAGACAUCACCCAGACCUCGCAGAGCCACCACAGGUCGUAUGUGCCGCUGCGCAACCGAACGAGCCCCAAAAAGAUGAGGAGCCGCAGCUCCCCCCGCAGUCGGCCUACAUGCCCGUGGCGGCGGCCGACCUUGCUGCCGGCGGCGUCCACUCGAUGUACAUGCCUGCCGCGAAGAAGGCA